AUGAGUGCUAGAAGCGUGCGAACUCUCAUACGGAAUUCUUCCGCACUACUUAGUAUUGCUUAUGAAUAUGGACGACCAUUUCCCUUUACUUUUCUUCAAAAACGUCACAUUCGACAUUCAAUUCGUGACGACCAGGUAUUCGCGAAUCGUCCUACACAAACACUUGCACCUAUAAGAUCUCAAAAAAAAAAAAAAGCUUCACUUGUGAUUUUCGACAAAGAUGGCACUUUGAUUUGCUUUCAUUCUACAUGGGUUCCAUGGGCAAUAAAUGUGGCCAAGAAAAUAAGUGAAUCAACAAAGAUGAACAUUGAACAGGAAAUAUAUUCACUGUUGGGACUGCAUGAGAUGGAACAACGCGUACAGUCUGGACUUCUCGCUGAAGGAACUAUGGCGCAGAUACGUGAUGCCAUUGCGCGCUUGCUAAUUAAUCGCGGAAUUGAAGCUGCUGAAGUUCUUAAACAUGUUAUGGCAGCAAUCUUAGAAGCAAAUGAAGCUAGUGGUCACAAUGUCAAAGAAAUUUUUAAUUUACGUUUAUUAUUUCAACAACUACGAGAUCACGGAAUAAAAAUAGCCGUUUGUACUUCAGACAGUCGAAAAGGGACAUUGAAUACAUUACGACAUUUACAACUGGAAGAUCAUAUUGAUAUGGUGGUGUGUGGUGACGAUGCUGGCUCAAUACCAAAGCCGCAUCCUCAUAACGCACUUUCCAUAUGUCGUAUGUUGGAUGUCGAUCCACAAGACACACUUGUGGUGGGCGAUACCUUGGCCGAUAUGGGCAUGGGACGUUCUGCUAAUCUUGGUAGUACUGUUGGCGUGCUUUCUGGAGUAUGUAAUAUCAAUGAACUGCGACCACAGGCUGAUCAUAUUGUCCAUGAUGUUGGCGAGCUGUUACCCAUUGUGCUGGAUAUGAGAAGAUGGUCGUUAUCAUGA